AUGAAAAAAGAAUUUGAAAAAUCAAACAAGAAAUAUAUUGGUCUGACAGAAAUAUUUAACAAAAUGAUAUAGAUUACAUUGCAAUCUUAAAAAAGCGUAACAUUAAACUCAACUGUUUAAUUGAUCCUACUCUUUAUGUGUAAAUUUUAGUUGACAUUCUUUUUAUUUUACCUUAAUUAUGAGUGGUAGGUAGAAAAAAAUUUAUAUAUGUUUAACAAAGUCUUACUUUUAAUAUUUCGAAUAGAUAUAUUCUUGUAAACAUUUGAAGUUAUCAACAGGUUUGUUAUAUAUUUGAUACUGAGUGUUCUAAUUAUUGAAAAGCUGGUUUGUGGCUUUUUGUUAUGGGACUUGAAAAAUAAAACUAGAUAUCUAUAUUUAAAUAAAAUAGUGGGAGUUUAUAUUUAAUUAUAUUAUGGAUGGCUUCACAUCUUGCUUACAACUUUAACUUGUUUAUUUUUAACUCAUUAAUAUAAUUAAUUAGAUGUAAACAGCCUUAAUUAUAUUCAUUUAUUAUUUGGAAUUCUUUGUUUUAUAUUACUGUAAUUAGAAGCAAUUUUUAAUUUAUUAAUCUGUGAGUAGUCAAUAGAUGGCAAGGUCAUUUGUUUUGAUCGAUUAAGAAUCACAGUUAAGGAAUACAUUAUCUAAUUUUUAAAUUUGAUCAUCAUCAUAUUAUUUUCAGUUAUGAAAACCUCUCAAGUGAUCUCUUGGAUAAUUCACUUACUUAUUUUAUUAAGCACUUUGAUAAAUCUAAUUAAUUUAUAAGAAAAUUAAACAGUCAUAGAGAACAGUAAAAAAUUUAUAAUUUACUUAUCCGAUUCCUUUGCAAUUGUCUAUAUUUUUUAUUCCCUGGUCUAGUAAAUUGUGUAAAGACAAGAUUUUUAAGUCUUAAUAUAUACAAUCUUUUCAUUUCCAUUAUUGCUAAAAAUAGUAUAAAAGUUUGAUAAUUUGAUUAAUACAAAAUUAGAUCACUUAGCAUUUUCUAGAUAAAAAGUUGAUGUUUUUGCAAUAACCCAAUUUUUAAUAAAAAAGUAAAACAAUUAGUUCUAACCAGUAUUAUUCAAGCUAUACAUUUAUAAUUAUCAUUAAAAAAAAUGUAAAAAUACAAAAUGCAUUUGUAAUCAAUCAAUUAUGUACCUAGAUCCAAAAGAUGCAGCAGCACUCACACAAGAUAUAGAUAGAGAUUUCGUUCAUCAAAAACUUAAACAGAUUAGAAAAUAUCUUUUUAAUUAAAACGUCAACAACAUUGAUGAUAUAUAAUAUUAUACAGUUUUGUAUGGAGUCUUGUUAGCUAAUAAUGGAUGGCCUAUUUAAUCAAUAAAGCAUUUAAAUUAGUUAAUCUAUGGAAAAUUAACCUCUAAAAGUUCAAUGAUAAGUGUCAACUAGAGUUUAUAAAAUCCUCAUUCUUUUUCAGCCACUAUAAGAAAAGAUUCCUCAUCGUAGACGUAAACAGAUCCUGAUAAAUAGCUUGAUGACAUUAAAAAAAGCUAUUAAGCCAAAUCUUACAAGCAAGCCAUACCCUACUAAAUCAGCUUUGAUUAAAUAUCAUUGUCAAAAAUAAUGUAUAUUUAAAAUGAAAUCAAAGAAAACCUAAGAUACUUGUUUGGUAAUACAUCUUUGACAUCAGAAAUGCACAAUUUAUCUGAACAAAUACAAAUAUUUAUGUAAUAAGAAAUGAUGUUAGAUAAGUAUGUCAAGGAAAUUAAGAAAAUAUUAAAAUUGAAACUUAAAUACUAUGAGAAUUUAAUGGUAUUAAUAAAGGAGAAGAAAAUGUCUGAACUUAUGAAAUCAUUAAUGCACAUAACAAAUAAAAUGAUUUUAUUUAAAACAGCCUUAUAAUCCCAAUAUGAAAUCCUUUAAAGUAAGAGAUUACAAUCACUAUAAAUUUUUUAUGAAGCUGAAGUAUUUAAAAACUACUUAGACGCGUUUAAAAUGCACAAUUAAUCAACUCUAUCUUAAGAAUAGAUAUAAAUCAUUAAUAAAAAUCUAAAUAUUAAUUUUAAUUAAAAUGAUAUGAGCUAUAUUAUUUUAAAAAUAGAUGAUGAUCUGUAGAAUGCUGAAUUAAUAAAAUAUUCAUCAAAUUUACUUCAAUUAAUCGAGUAUAGUUCUAAAGAAGAAUUAACUUUUGAAGAAUUUUUGCUGCCUUUUAUUUUGAGAGAGCAUCCACUCCUUAUUUCUAGAUUUUUUAAAAUUGGAUAAUCGAAAUAUUACAAGUAGUUUAGUCAAACAUUUAUUAGAACAAAAAAUAACCUUGCUAAAUCUAUUGUGUUUAGUUUUGAUAAUGUUGUUUAACAAAAACAAGACAAAAUUAUCUUGGUUGGAUUAUUGCAAGAAAUUGUAAUCCAAUCGGCUUUCAUUAUGAUUGAUGUAAAUCAAAUAGUAGGGGGUAUUACAAAUGCAUUUUUCUCAUUAUUAGGAUAUAAUUAAUAAUUGAUUGAUAACAUUUUCGAUUUUUCGAUAUUUUAUUAAUUAAAGAUUUCAUAGAUUUUACCUAAUUUUAAUGAAUUAACCUAAAAUGAAGAUGAAUCAAAGGUUGUUAAGUUUAAUAAUGUUGAUUUUUACUUCAUAGACUUAGAAGUAUUAUUUAAUGAAUUUUCUGUUGAGAACUGCACUAAUGUGAAAUAAUAAUAAGUAAUUUUAAAUAAACUAUGGGGUAAGCAAAAUACUACAAAGUUCUAUCUAACAAAUAUCACAAUUUAAUCCUAUUACAUUUAUGGAUUUUAUUAUUACAUAAUACAUUUAGAUUCAUCAUUUUAAAGAAAUGAAUAUAUAAAUAGCAGUAAAACUUAAGAUAGAUUUAGUGAUGAUAGGGGAAAAACAGAGCAAUCAUAAAAUUUUCAAAUAAGUCGCUUAGAAAUGUCUAUAGAAGAGGCAUAACCAGGAACAAUCAAUUAGAUCUCAAUUUAAAGUAGAGAAGGGUAUUCAGAAAUAACUCAAAAUAAAAAUAAAAAUAAAAAUAUUGAUUUAUUUGCAGUUUAAGAGGUUCAUUAAGAAUAUGUAGAGUAGAAAGUAGAUUAAUUUUAAUCAAUCCUUUCGCCAAAUAAAAGCACAAGUCAGUUAAUUGAAAAUUAAAGAGAUAAAUUUAUUUAAUAAACAUUACAGUAAGACUAUUAUACUGUAAACACAAGUUAAAAAUUGAAUAAGUUGAAUCGAAGCAAUGAUAAGAAGGAAUAAAAUAUUAAAGGAGAACAAAUAAUGGAUAAACUUUUUCGAGACUCUUUGAAAAGUACUGAAUUUGGGGUUGGUAAUAGUGAAGUAAUUAAGAAAUUUGAAUUGUUGAGUAGAUUAACAAAAGAAAAAACACCUUCAAUACUAAAAUUAGCAAUUAGUACAAUAGUGAUUUUUAUCUUGAUUUAAACUAUUUCUAUAUCGCUAGUUGUCUCUAUUCUUAACAAUGAUAUACUAUAAUUUAUAUCAGAUGUUGAGAUUAUUGCUCUACAUGCUAGCAUUUAAGGACCGCACGACUUAUUUUUUUCAAUGAGAAAUACUAUAUCUGCAUAUCAGUAAAUGGGAAGAGAAGGUUAUAUACCGAAUUCAAUAGUACCAAAUCUAACUGCACCUUACGAAAAGAAUUUAGGAUAUGGAUAUUAUGAAUUGAGGGACAGUUUAUAUAAACAACUUGAUAAUGAAUAUUUGAGAGGUUUUCUUGAUGGAGAAAGCAUGGAAUUGCUUUUUAUGAAGAAUAAUGAUACUUAAAACUAUGCUUUAGAAAUUAAGACUUUUAGAGAAUGUUUGUUCAUCAUAUUAUAAUAUCAAUAUGCAUAAAUGAGAGUGUUGUAAAAUAAGUUGAGUGCCUCUGGAGCACCAUUUCAGGUGUUUUUAUUCUCUAAUUACUAUAACAUACAAGAUAAACUAGAAAACAUAACCAAUGAUAUUUUGCAGUAUUCAAAGACAAGGAGUGUACAGGUUGGUUUAAAAUGGAGUUCGAUCAGCAUUUGUUUUUCAAUUUUAAUCUUAAUAAUAGCCUUAACAAUUGCAUUUCAGCUUCAUUAAUAUUACAAAUUAUAUGAUAGAUUUUUAUAGUUAUUAAAUUUUGUGGACAAAUAGAAAGUGUAAUUUGAAAUUGAAAAGCUGAAUUAAUUGUUAAAAGUAUUGAUAUCAAAUCAGGAUUGUGUUUACUCUUAUGAAUUUGAUCUUUAGCAUUAAGAAUCAUUGAUGCAAAAUUACAUCGCUUUAAAUAAAAUAUCAAAUAGUAAGAAAAAUGUGGAAAACAACUCUUAGCUCUAAAUUCCAAGAAGAUAUUUCUUAAUUGUUUGGACCUUUAUUGCUUGUAUAUUUUAGGUUUAUAUAAUUGUGACACAAAUUAAGACUAAUGAUUACAUCAAUAAAUAUGAUGAUACUGCAGAUUUCUAUUUCAUGAUAUAAAAUUUAAAAUUUAGAAGUGGGUCCAUGUAUAUGUACAGGGAACAUCUUUUUAGAUUCAAGAAUUUUACUUACUUAACAGAAUACGAUUUAUACAGAGCGUAUUUAUUAAUAGAUAAAGCUUAAGCAAAUAUUUAGCAAUAUUUGGAUUUUACGAGUUCGUUUUAAGAGAAUAAAUAUUUAGUAUCUGAUCAAUUUAUCUCUUUCUUUAAGUACUAAUAAACUAAUGAUUUGUGCGAAUUCAUUGACUAAAUUUAUAUAGAUUUUAUGUCUUUGUAUUGUGAAAAAGCUUUUGAUGGCUUACUGAAAUCUGGUUCAAUAGCUGUUCUUAAUUUUAUGUCAAAUCAAAUAAGAAGUUAAUAAGCUAUUAACAAUUUUACGAAAAGAGUUGAUGUAAAUCUUUAUGAAUUGGAAGGAUCUUAAAUAGUAUUGAGAUCCUUUUUUAGGAUUUCAGAUGAAUUUCAGGUAGGAUUAAAAGAAAUAACAACAGCAUAAAACUAAUUCACACUCAUAAUUACAAUUAUUUUCAUCGUAUAUUUGGCAAUUUUCUUAUAUAUCAUAUUAUUUAUAUUCAAAAGACUGUUAACAAAGGAGUAUGCAUUGUUAAGGAGGAUAGUUUAUUUGAUUCCACAAUAGGUUGUAUUAGGAGAUGAGUCAUUUGAAAGAUUCCUCAAAUAGUUAGCAUUAACUUAAGAAUUAAAAUGA